UUUUUAUGGACUUGUCACCAACUUUUUAAGUCGAUGCCACCUUCUUUGGUCUAAUCAGAUUUUGCCCUAUUGCAAUUCGUAACGUUGUGUGAUUUUUUUGCUCGCAAAGGCUCAUAGUUUACGUACCUAAAGUCUGUCCAUGGCUACCUGCAUAAAUUGCACCCGUUUCGGCUUGUCCUCCCUGUCUCCUGCAUCUGCCUAAGAUGGUUGCCACUAAGUUGAUGAUGACCUCUUUAAUCUUAGUUCAACUGUGGGUGCUUAUGCCACUGAUGGCGUGUGGUACAACGUUAGAUCCCAUGAGAGAGAGGUAUGAACAAUGGAUUAGCCGAUAUAGCCGAGUCUACAAGGAUAAGAACGAGAAGGAGUGGCGCUUUAGGAUAUAUGAAUCCAACGUCCAGCUCAUCAACAUCUUUAAUACCAUUAGUGAGGAGUACAAGCUCAUUGACAACAAGUUUGCCGACCUAACUAGUGAGGAGUUCAAGGCCAAGUCUGUUUGCUUAAGGGAUCUCCGUAAUCAUCGUCCUUCAAGCCUAAAUUUCUGGACUUCAAUGAAUUGUGUCUCCUCCGGUAGAAUAUCUGACAUGCACGAAAAGAAGGGGAGCUCUGUACCUUCCAGUAUAGACUGGAGAGAAAAAGGAGCAGUCACGCUGGUCAGAGAUCAGGGAGAAUGUGGGUCUUGCUGGGCCUUCUCGACAGUCGCAGCAGUAGAAGGCAUCAACAAAAUUAAGGCGGGUAGAUUGGUAGCGUUGUCCGUGCAGGAGUUGGUGGACUGUGACACACAAGGUGCCAACAGCGGUUGUAGAGGAGGAUUCAUGACCCAAGCCUUUGACUUCAUCCUUCGAAACCACGGCCUCACCUCCGAGUCUGACUACCCCUACCAGGGCGUCGAAGGUGCCUGCGAAACCUCCAAGCUGUCCAACCAUGUUGCCACCAUCAGCGGGUACAAGAAUGUCACGCCUAGCAGCGAACAGAGCCUACUUAAGGCAGUAGCAGCCCAGCCUGUGUCAGUAGCAAUAGAUGCUGGGGGUUUCGCCUUCCAGUUCUACUCAAAGGGCAUCUUCACCGGCCCCUGCGGCUCAGACCUUAAUCAUGGUGUUGCUGUCGUUGGCUAUGGCACCGCAGCUGCACCUACUGAUCAAUCCAACGAGUUUUGGAUUGUGAAGAACUCGUGGGGUGCCGACUGGGGUGAAAAAGGCUAUAUUCGCAUGAAACGCAGCAUCCCCGACAAACGAGGCUUGUGUGGGAUUGCCAUGAAGCCUUCCUAUCCUCUCAAGAUAGAUUAAUCUAUCUGUAGCUACAACAAAUAGGAAGGUAUGACAUAUUGAUUUGUAACACGGGCCCAACGUCCCCAUCGAGGUACACAAUAAAUUAUCGAUCUGGCUAAUACCUUACAUGCUAUGCCUCUAUAAUUCCUUUUGUGUUGUUAGAUAAGGAGUGUAUGUUGGCUUAAACGAGGCCAGUAUCCUACUGUAUCGCAUGAGAUCAUAUUAGGCCGAAUCAUGAUCGAAAUGACGUGAGGUUGGUUGGGCUAAGUCACAAUCGAGACAUGUGGGCGUCGUAUCUAUACGUUUUAAGUGAAUU